AUGCCUAGUUGUCUUGUAUGUGGAAGAACAGAGAAUCUAAAUUCUAAAUCUGCUAAUAUAUCUUUUCACAGGUUUCCUACUAAAGAUAAUAUUAGAGAAAAGUGGGAUAAUUUUUUAGUAGAAAACUAUCUAAAUCCAAAAGACGUGACCAAAUAUAGUGUAAUUUGUUCAUUACAUUUUGAGAAAUCAUGUUUUGUAAUGAAACAACAUAGAAAGUUAUUAUACAAACAUGUAUUUCCAUCAAUUGUUGUCGGUCGAAUAAAAUAUGCAAAACAAUCUUUUACUGAAACUACUAAAACUGUACCAGUAACAGUACCUGAAACAAUAAAUAAAAAAAAUGAUAUUUUACAUUUUGAUAAAACUCUUGUUAAGGUAUCUUCAAUAAGUGAUGUGGAAUUAGGUGUGUUUCCUUUGGAUGAAACAUCUACUUUGUCAAAAGUUAGUAGUUAUAUUAAAAUUAACAAAUGUAAUAUGUAA